AUGUUUUACAUCAUCCGCCGCUUUUUCGCAACCCAACACACAAAUCUUUCAAAAAAGAUAAUUUCUUUCGAAACCCCAAAUCAAUGUUAUAUGGAACUAUCUCAAAAAUUUUACGAAUCAAUGAAAGAAUGCGUAAGAAUUCGGUCGAAACCUUUGGCUCAAGGGCUGCAUUGUCAAUUGAUCACAACGGGUUUAAAAGGGUCGGUUUUUAUUCAAAAUAAUGUGAUUAGUAUGUAUGCAGGCUGUGGGUUAAUCGAUGAGGCGAUGUUUGUGUUUAAUGAGAUUGAGUUGAAAAAUGUGUUUAGUUGGAAUGCACUGAUUGAAGGGUUGGUUGAUAAUGGGCGGGUAAGUGAUGCAGAGAAGGUGUUUGAUGAAAUGCCUCAAAGAGAUGUUGUUUCUUGGAAUUCUAUGAUGUCGGGUUAUUUCCGUAACGGGAUGGUGGAGAAGUGUGUGGAGGUGUUUGUGGAAAUGGUUAGGAGGUUUGAAUGUGUUCCUAAUGUGUAUUCGUUUACUUGUGUGAUGAAAGCGUGUGCUUGUGUUAAAGAUUUGAACUUGGCUAUGCAAGUGCACGGGUUGGUUACAAAGUUUGAGUUUUUAAGGGAUGAUUCUGUUGAGUCGUCGGUGGUUGAUAUGUAUAUUAAGUGUGGGAAGCCGGAUUUUGCUGAACGUGUUUUUUUAAAGAUGGUGAACCCGAAUUUGUUUUCUUGGAAUUCCAUGAUCUAUGGUUACUCGCAAUUAUAUGGUGCACCAAAGGCUUUGGAGUUUUUUGAAAGAAUGCCUAAAAGGGAUAUUGUUUCUUGGAACAUGAUUAUUUCUAUUCUGUCUAAGCAUGGGAAUGUUGUGAAGACGCUUGGUAUGUUUAUUGAGAUGUGUCAUCAAGGUUUUAGACCAUAUUCCAUGACAUAUGCUAGUGUUCUCAGUGCUUGUACCAGCGUAUAUGAACUUGGAUGGGGGACUCACUUGCAUGCCAGGAUUAUCAGAUUUCAACUAAGUGUUGAUGAGUUUGUCGGUAGUGGUCUUAUUGACUUGUAUGCUAAAUGUGGGAAUUUCAAAAAAGCACGUCAGGUAUUUAAUGAUAUGAAAGAGCACGACAUAGUAUCAUGGACUUCACUUAUGGGUGGCGCAGCACAUUGUGGCAAUGGAAGCGAGGCGUUUUCAUUGUUUAAAGAGAUGAAAAAAGUACCCGUGGUUUCUGAUCAAUUCACUCUAGCAACUGUUUUAGGAGCUUGUAGUAACUUGAAGGACAGUAAUCUUGGAAGCCAGAUUCAUGCAUACUCAGUCAGACUUGGUAUUGACCAUUUAAUCCCAGUAGCAAAUGCUCUUAUUACAAUGUAUGCCAAAUGCGGUGAUAUUCAGAGUGCAAAAAACACAUUUCAGUGGAUGUCACAUAGAAAUCUCAUAUCUUGGACAACAAUGAUCACAUCAUUCUCUAAUAGUGGUUAUGUUGAAAAGGCUCAAGAAUAUUUUGAUAAUAUGCCUGAACGAAAUGUUGUUUCUUGGAACUCAAUGUUAGGGGGAUAUGUACACCAUGGAUUAUGGGAAGAGGGUCUCAAAGUUUAUGUUUUGAUGAGACAAAAAGGGGUAAAACCAGAUUGGAUUACUUUUGUAAGUUCAAUUGGUGCAUGUGCAGAUGCAGCCAUACUAAAACUUGGGAACCAAAUCGUUUCUGAAGCUGAAAAAUUUGGUUUUGCUUCUGAUGUUUCAGUUAAAAACACAAUCAUUACCAUGUAUUCAAAAUGCGGUCGUAUUAAAGAAGCAGAAAAAACAUUUGAUACGAUGCCUAUCAAGAAUUUGAUUUCAUGGAACGCAAUGAUGGCUGGGUAUGCCCAAAGUGGUCAGGGUAAUCAAGUAAUUUAUACUUUCGAAAAGAUGAUUAGUUCGGGAAUAAUGCCCGACGAUAUAAGUUAUGUGUCAGUUCUAUCAGGUUGUAGCCAUUCCGGAUUAUUAUCUGAAGGUCAUCAUUACUUUGAUAUGUUGAUUCAUGAUCAUGAAGUGAAUCCAACAUGUGAGCAUUUUUCCUGCAUGGUGGAUUUACUAGGGCGUGCAGGGCUUGUUGAAAAGGCAAAAGAUUUUAUCGACAAAAUGCCAAUGGAACCAAACGCUGCUGUUUGGGGAGCUUUGCUGGGUGCUUGCAGGAUUCAUGGCAAUUCAACAAUGGCAGAAACUGCUUUAAAGAAUCUUGUUAAUUUAGAUGCAGAGGAUUCUGGAAGCUAUGUUCUCUUAGCCAAUAUUUAUCUUGAUUUGGGGAACUUGGAGAAUGUCUCAAAUCUUAGACGAUUUAUGAAAGAUAAAAGAAUAAGAAAGGAUCCAGGAUGCAGUUGGAUUGAAGCAGAUAACAGGGUUCACGUAUUUACAGCAAAUGAUACUAAUCAUCCAAAAAUCAAAGACGUUUAUGACACGUUAGGGGAGGUUAUUAAAAUGAUAGGAGAAGCAGGACUGUAUGUUAAGAAAACCAGUUCCAUGUAUCAUAGUGAAAAGCUUGCAUUGGCGUUUGGGUUGAUGACUUUACCAGCAUGGAUGCCGAUUCAUAUAGUGAAAAAUCUUAGAAUAUGCAAUGACUGUCAUCAGGUAAUGAAGUUGGCAUCUCAUGUUACCUCAAGGGAACUUAUAGUUCGAGAUACAAACCGUUACCAUCAUUUUACAGAUGGGUGUUGCUCGUGCCGGGAUUACUGGUAAAUUGGCGACAUGAGGUAUGAUAUACUUUACAUAUUGUUAGCAAUCUUUAACUCAAAAUUCACAUUAAAACCAAUGAAUUAAUAAAAUAACUAACACUCUUUUUGCUGAA